UCCCCCCAAAAGAUCAAUACCAUAAUCCCUACUUGUGUAAUACAACCAAGGCGUCACCAUGGCAAGCGAGAAGUCAGAUACGCAGAAGCAGGAUGCCCAGAUCAAGUCGGCCGACAUGAGCGAAGAGAUGCAACAAGAGGCCAUCGAAGUCGCACAAUCGGCAAUGGAGCAGUUUACCAUCGAGAAGGAUAUUGCCCAGUACAUCAAGAAGGAGUUUGACAGCAGAAAGGGUGCCACAUGGCACUGCAUUGUAGGCCGCAACUUUGGAAGCUUUGUCACUCACGAGACGAAGCACUUCAUCUACUUCUACCUGGGCCACUGCGCCAUCCUGCUCUUCAAGACACAGUAAACGGAUGAUUCUGGACUGGGCACCAUCGGUCAUUGUGCGAUUCACGUCUUCUCUGAUUGUCAAAGGAAUGCCUCGUGGUUCCGUAGUAGAGACGGCCGUCUCGUUUCAAGCUAGGGCUCGGAGUGGUGCCUGAUUGGCUUUGGUCAUGUGCAUGAGGAGAGGUAUUCCUCUUCCCAGUACUGACUGUUGUCUUUGUAUCAAGGUUGGAGGGUAUGUGCAAUUCAGUGGCAUCUCAUCACCUGGACACGGAAAGAUGGCCCUAAUUCAAUGUUAACGACGGCGACGAGUCUCCUUCUCUCCACAAAAGUGGCGUUGAAGGCUAAUCUAGCGAUACCACAAUAUAGUGUUCGUACAU